AUGGGCAAGAGCAGCAUGAGAAAGAAGAGCCAGGGCAAGAACGGUGGUGUUGGCAAGAAGCAGCAAAAAAAGAGGCCAAUCAGCACUGCUGAGAGGAAAAGAACCAAGUUACAAGUGGAGAGGUUAAACAAAAGCAGUGAAACAAUGAUACCGACACUGCUAAAUGAGGCAAGCAAACAAGACCUGGACAACAAGAAGAUCAGGUCCACUCUGGAAGCCGAGGGACUGGUCAAGGACCAGAUGAGGGACUCCAAAGUACGAGAACAGAUUGAGACAGAAAAGUCAAAGACUAACGACAACAUGCUGAAGCAGAUUGAAAUGAUAUCCGGGUUUUCCUUAUAG